AUGUCCGCGACGCAGCACACCUGCGUAACAAGGGUGCACCUAUUUCUUUUUCUAUCAGACACGUCUCAAUACCAAGAAUGUGGACCCGUUGGGUGCGCCAUAGUUGGUACCUUGGACAACCCUCCGUUGUACAAGUUGGGCUGCUACAAUGAGAGAAACGAGUACGUAUGUACGGCAAAUAUUACCACCAAUAACGAAACGGGUGCAUGUAUCGCAUUACAACCUGGAGGCUAUGUUUCUUUCAGAGAUGAGCAAGGUAAAAGCUGGUCUAUGCAGUUUGAGAGUCCAAAUCACGCAAUCGAGUUCUGCUCACAUGUGGUUGUGGCAAUGUACGGUGCAUCAGGUCAUGCUGAUCGGAGCAUUCUUGCAUGUGAUGUUGCCAUUGGGAAAUGUGACCGUAAUGUCUUUGCCAAUGAUGUGGUAAAGGUGCGUUAUCAAAGUUGGGUGGUUCAAUGCGAAACUGAAGGAAAAGGACUGCCUAUUCUCGGAAGUAAGUUGGACGGCAACUUGGAAGAUGAUAAACCUUGUACCUUAACUAUUCCAGCUAAUCAUAUGAGUGUUACCCCUGAAAUGAAAGGCUUUGAAGGGAUGGUUAUAGGAAUGGGGGAAGAGGGAUCCCGUGUGAUCAUUAUUCCUGCUCGAGCAAAACGUGGCAGUGGACCUUCAGUGCACAUGUGUUUUUACACUCAUUUGAUAAAGAAAAAAAAUAUUCCAUGUGUGGCACAAAGUUGUAGCUCUCUUGCAAUACCCUUAGAGAAACAUUCGUCUCAUCAGUUAAAGGGUGAAUCCAAAUUGCUAUUAUCAAAUACCCAAGAUUAUGCGAUUGGACGCCCAAACACUCCACCACCAGGCUUCAAUAUGGAACAGUUAAUGAUUAUUGAUCGAAUGCGUGACCAGGUCCAGGUGCUUUUUCAACAGUUACAGGAGGCUCGACGACAGCUGGAUGUCUUGUCGAAUGACGUAAGGGCAUUUAAUCGAAAAUCCGAACCUCAGAGUUUAGCAAGUGCGCAGUUGGAAUACUCUAUCCAAAAGCUUUUGGCCGAUACAGAAGAAGGGAAGGAAUUACUCUCUCAAAAAGAUUUAACACUGAAACAAAUGGAGGAGAAAAAUAAGGAAUUGCGGAAUAAACUUGACAAGUUUAGUAAAACCGCUAAUUUACUUGCAGAAGAAAAGAAAAGUACUAUUACUUCUUUUAACGAGGAAAAGUUAGAUAUGGAUCGAAGAAUAGCCCAAAGACAGGCACAGUUAACACGUUUGCAGUCUGAGCGAGAGGAUGUCGCCCGCCAUCUUUCAACAGUGAAGCGGCUUCUUCAAGUUGCUGAUCAGGACAUCAAAACUGAAAAACAAAAUCUUCAAAUGGCAAUGGUUGCAUUUCAAACCAAUGAGUCGAAGCUUUUAGCUGUUGAGGAAACAUAUGCAGAGGAACAAGCCAGGCGAAAACUUCUCGAGACAAAGGCCAUUGCUCUUGGGGAUCAGCUUCGCUUUCUAUUGGAGGAAUGCCGUGCGAAAGAAGGGCAGAUGGAGGAGCAGAGGAAAAAAAUUGAAAGUGAAAAGAUACGUUACAUGCAAUUAAUUGAGGAUGAACGCAGUAAAGCGGCUGAAGAUAUGCGUGAGUUACGACAGGAAUUUAUUGAUGAAUUGGCUGCACGUGACAGACGCUAUCAAGAAGAACGCCAAAUCGUUGCACAUGAAUCUUUUGAUAGGGGCCGCUUUCAAGGCAUAGAGGACGGGCAGACUGAGACAUUGCUUGAGGCGGAUGCAGCUACACAGCACUGUGCUCUUGCUGCCCAGCGCCACAAAGCUGAAGUGAAGGCAAUACGCAUUCGUUUAAGGAGCACAAAGGAAGAGAAUGAAGCUGACAUUUGUCGAUUGACCUCUCAAGCUUCAACACUUUGCGCGGCACUUGCCAAUCUCGUAGGAGAAACUUCACAGAUGGAAGCUGAGCUUGACUCUUUAAAGAGUGCAAAGGUGUCUGUUGAAGAUGAUACGUUUCAAGAACUUAAGGACGCAAUCGGACAACUAUCUCUUCCUGUGGGAAGGCAGGAUCUUCUUGCAGUGUUACACUCCUUGCGAGUCAAGAAGGAUGUUAGCUAUGCCUUCGAGGUGCAAAGAGAAGAAGAGCGCCAAAUACUUCUUAAGGAAGAAGAGAAAGAGGUUAAUGAGUGGGUUUCUGGAGUGGUGGACGGAAUUUUUGUGCCGUUUCCUCGCAUGCGUGCGCCGUAUGCGACUGAGCCACCGGUUCCGUAUGUGCCUGAUGUUCCUUUCUUGGAGGAAACGGAACCAUCCGAAGAAAUUGUUGAUUCACAACUUCAAGAUGAACUUUAUCAACGGGAGGCUGUACUCCAGUUUAAUCCAGAUGAGAUGAAUCGUCGUUAUCAAGAGCUGUUGUCGGAGUUGACUUGUAUGAAUCCCGCUCUUGACUUGACCACUCAAAAGAAUUCACUGAAAUCACAGGAUGAUGCCUCGACAGCAAACGGCUUGCCAUCGACAGAAGUGAAAGAGGUCGUUCCGGAGGAUACUGGCAAACCAACAUCUACAGAGUGGACGAAAAACUUCCCAAAAUCACAGCAGAAAGAAGUUUUAAAGGAGGGGUUUUCACUACAGCAAUUUUCGCCCCAAGGUCGGAUGCAGGCGUUUCAGUUAACUCAACAGGAAGAAAAUGAUUGCGAGUCCUUUGUAAAGCCUGAUCUCGCACCAGAGAAAGAACACGCACUGUCACGUAUUGUUUCUGCUGGAGGUGGUUUGCCUGAGAUAGAUGUGGCGGAAGAUGAGGGUACAUCUCUCGCCGUGCCCCCUGAGACAUCCAUAUUAGAUCAACGGCACAAAGGCUCUGACGAAGACAUCGCACCUCCGCAAAAUCGGAAGUUGUCUUCUCCAGUUGGAAGACCUACCUUCAGUCACUCAGAUUCUGACUCCAAUCCUCCGGUUGCUUCCAGAGGGUCUACCAUGCCCAGGUCAAGAAAAUUGGUUCCUCCAAAGAGUUCUUUGUUUGAUGAUAGUGAUUCGUCAUAA